UAACGGCACCCAAGAUGUGAGGAGUUACCCUUUUUAAAAAUGGCCGCAGCGCCCCUCCCAGGGCAGCGCAUAGUUUUGUUGACAGAUCAGCAGCUAUGAAGUUACCUUGCUUACACCCUUGUAACGCUGUCCUUGUGAGGGACAGAUUGUGAAAGACACCAGUGACAGCUCCCAGUCACACAGGGACUUUGAACUGGGGGCUCAAAGUAGCAUUUCCCUGCAGGAGACAUGUUGUCUUUCAUAGCUAAAAGCAUGGCCAAGCCGGCUCGCUUGGUGAAACCCGUGUCAUUGGUGAAGCUGCCAGGGAGGUAUUUGGCGCACCAGGAGGGGUUACCUCGACUGCCUGUACCACCGCUGCAACAAACACUGGACAAAUACCUACUGGCCAUGAGGCCCCUGGUCAGCGUGGAGGAAUGGGACCACACCAACCAGUUGGUAAAUGAAUUCCAGACAUCUGGAGUGGGCAGCCGGCUGCAGAAGGGUCUCGAGAGGAGGGCAAAGAAAACUGAAAAUUGGCUCUCUGACUGGUGGCUGCAGACAGCGUAUCUGGAAUACCGGCUGCCGGUGGUGGUUCACUCAAGUCCUGGAGUGGUUUUACCAAAGCAAGACUUUGCAGACAGGCAAGGGCAGCUCAGAUUUGCUGCUAAGCUGAUUGAAGGCGUUCUGGACUUUAAAGCCAUGAUUGACAAUGAGACCCUUCCUGUAGAGUAUCUUGGUGGCAAACAACUGUGUAUGAAUCAGUACUACCAGAUCUUAUCGUCCUGCCGGAUACCAGGCCCGAAGCACGACUCUGUCGUCAACUAUAGUCAAGUGAAGAAGCCCCCCACUCACAUUACCGUGGUUCAUAACUUCCAGUUUUUUGAGCUGGAUGUGUAUAACAGCGACAGGACGCCCCUCACUGAGGAUCAGAUUUUUAGUCAACUGGAAAAGAUCUGGGGAACCUCCCUGCAGACCAACAAGGAGCCCAUCGGAAUCUUGACUACAAACCACAGGAACAGUUGGGCCAAGGCCUACAACAAUCUCAUCAAAGAUAAAACCAACAAGGAGUCGGUGAGAACAAUUCAGAAGAGCAUCUUCACGGUGUGCCUGGACGCCCCAAUGCCCAGAGUGUCUGACGAGCUGUACAUGAGCCGCGUGGCUGCGCAGAUGUUACAUGGUGGAGGGAGCCGCCUGAAUACUGGGAAUAGGUGGUUUGACAAAACCCUUCAGUUUAUAGUGGCGGAGGAUGGUUCGUGCGGGCUGGUGUAUGAACACGCUCCUGCUGAAGGACCACCCAUCGUGGCAUUGCUGGAUCAUGUUGUUGAAUACACGAAAAAGCCAGACUUUGUCCGCUCACCGAUGAUCCCUCUGCCAAUGCCCAAGAAGCUGCGGUUCAAUAUCACUCCAGAAAUCAAGACUGACAUUGAGAAAGCCAAGCAGAACCUGAACAUAAUGGUUCAUGAUCUGGAUAUUAAAGUCUUCGUUUUUCGUGUAUUUGGGAAGAAUUUUCCAAAGGCAGAGAAGUUAAGCCCAGAUGCCUUUAUCCAAGUGGCGCUCCAGUUGGCCUAUUACCGGAUGUAUGGAUGUGCCUGUGCCACUUACGAAAGCGCUUCACUACGGAUGUUCCACUUAGGGAGGACGGACACCAUCCGUUCCGCCUCCGUGCAGUCUCUGGAGUUUGUGAAAGGAAUGGAGGAUUCUGGGAAACCGAACCAAGAGAAAGUAGAUCUGCUCAGGAAAGCUGUUCAAGCUCAUCGCACUUAUGCAGACAUGGCUAUAAAUGGUAACGCCAUAGACCGCCAUCUACUGGGACUGAAGCUCCAAGCCAUUGAAGAUUUGGUCAGCAUUCCCGAAAUCUUCAUGGACACGUCCUUUGCCAUGGCAAUGCACUUUAACCUCUCCACCAGCCAGGUGCCUGCUAAAACAGACUGCGUCAUGUGCUUUGGUCCGGUGGUACCCGAUGGAUAUGGCGUUUGCUAUAACCCUAUGGAGGAUCACAUCAAUUUCUCUGUAUCUGCAUUUAACAGCUGUGCGGAAACGAAUGCGGCACGAAUGGCGCAUUAUUUGGAAAAGGCUCUGUGUGAUAUACAGAAACUCAUCCAGAGCACACCAAAAUCCAAGCUCUAGCCUAUCACAAUGGACCUUUAUCCCCCCCUUCCCGGGCUAGAGACUGAGGCUGGACAUUGUGCUGUAUUAACUAGACACGGGCAGGCUUGGAUAGUGACCACUGAGGGGACUAGGAUCUAUGUGCUCUUUUCAGCCAUGAUUUUACACCGGACCUCCCCUCCCUGCAUUGCCAGCGUCAUCAGAAAUGAAUCACCAGAAUACUCCAAUCAAGAUUCACUACUCUGAAAAAGGAAGGGAAGGUGGCACGUAAUACACUAACCUGUGACGUUCUGUGAUUACUUUAAUGUUCUUUCCUCUAUUCACUUUAUUACCUUCACUUUAAGAAAAAACAAAAAAAAACAUUUUUGCAGGGAAGCAGCAUGACUAAAGUAAAAACCUUUGUUUACUCCAUAAUGGAUAUAUAGAGUGUUUACAGGCAGAGUGAGGCUAAAAGUGCACUUCUACAUAUUAUAUGCCAACUAGUAAUUUACUACACCCCCCAAAGAGCCAGAAAGCAGAUGCUGACUACUGUGUAGAAGGGUUAGGUGCAAGUUCCAGGCAGCUGAAAUACAGACAGCAGUCAGGACACCAAUGCCGGAAUGCUGAAGGUAAGUACAGCCAGGACACUUAGGGAUAGAGUUGUGGAGGGUUGCUGCAGCUGCCAUCCAAGGGGGUUAGGUUUAGACACGAGGGGAGGGGAGGGGUGGGGGCAGAACACUGGUGAAAUCUAAAAUAAUAUAUUAAAGAGUAUAAAUCAUAUUCUGGAAGUUCCAAUGGAACCGUUCUAUAAUAUAAUGCUAGAGCCUUUCCACUUUUUUGUUCAUGCAUUUCAGAUACAUUACCUAUACUUAGUGGGUGACUUCAUAAAAUAUGACAUUGUAAUACAGGACACAUGGGUGACUGAAUCUGUUUUAUUCUUGGUGGUUAAUGUAGAGGUCACGACCAGCUCUUGCUGCUUAAGUUACCAACACAUGGGAGACACGACACAGCCAAAACACAGACCACCAUCACUCUUCAUUAUCUGCUGUUCAGGGUAGCCAGGCUUAGAAGACCAGCAAUACGCCACCAGAUCAGUAGAAUAGCCGCAGAGUAUACAUGGAAAUGGAUUAUGUUCCAGUAGGAUGUGGUUGCAUUUGACAAGAAAUGAAUUGGGAAGGCACAGCCAGCAGGUAUAUUUGUGGGAACCCCAGCUAUGAGGUUGUGGUGAUGAGAUUUCAUAUACAGGUGUGUAGCAACGCAAUCAGUCUGCAUGAAGGUUCAUACACACAACGUUAUGCGUGACUGGCGGGCCCUGAGUAGCAGUAACACAGGCUUGUGUGUAGGUUACUUUAGUUAUUGCCAGAAGCGUCUUCCCCUGCAGAUUCGCAUUUAGCCUUGAUGAAUGAUUGCCAUAUGAAUCUUGCUAGAGCACACUAUGAAAUAGGGACUUUAGUUUCCUUGCAAAUACAGUGGAAACUAUUAUUCCCCAGUACAGUUAUUCAAAGGCAAUAUAUUCCUGUAAGCACCAUGUGACGCAGACGGAGCCCCUGCGAGCUCUACAUGUUACCUGCUUCCGCUCUGGAGCCUGCUCCAACAUUGUGUAACAUCCACAGACUUAGAGGUCACUGCGAGCAGUGAUGGGAGCGAUAGUAUACACUCAUUACAGAUUUAUCUAUGCCCAAGUUUGCCUUUAUUUUAAUUUCUUUUGAUUCGCAAUGAAAUGCACCGUUCAUGUGGAGGUAUCACAUUAUUCUCCUGCCAAUACCAAUCUAGUAAUGAGUAUGGACAUAGCACAGCCUAUAAUCGGAUGCCUCGAAUGUACUUGGAGUAGAAGUAUUUUCCAAAUGUACAAUUAAUAUGUUGAUCUUCCGCUCUCAUUGUGGACUCUUGGCGUGUGGCUAUUGGGAGGAUCCUCUUUGUGCGUACCCAAUCAUUGGGCUUGUUCUGUUUGUGUUGAAGACAUUUCUAAUAAACCUUAAUAGAAGCC